AUGUCAUACGGCGGCCACGACCCGAAAGGGUACGGAGUCGAAGACUUGGUACUUUUAUCGACGAUCGACUUGAGAAAUGUGGUGCAGAAUUUGCAGUUGAGAUUCCAAAAAGGACGAAUCUAUACGUAUAUUGGAGAAGUGUUGGUGGCUGUGAAUCCAUACAGACAACUUGGGAUUUAUGAAAAGAAUACGGUGGAUCAGUAUAAGGGACGCGAAAUCUAUGAACGUGCGCCACACGUCUUUGCAAUUGCUGAUGCCGCCUACCGAUCCAUGAAACGAUUCGGUCGUGACUCGUGCAUCGUCAUCUCCGGAGAAUCCGGUGCUGGAAAAACGGAAACUAGCAAGAUCAUUAUGAAAUACCUUGCUGCUAUCACAAACGUCCGACAACAGGGAGAAAUCGAGAGAGUCAAGAAUGUGCUCCUGAGAUCGAAUUGUAUUCUGGAGGCGUUCGGAUGUGCGAAGACAAACAGAAAUGAUAAUUCGUCGAGAUUCGGAAAGUAUAUGCAUAUCAAUUUUGAUUAUGACGGCGAUCCGGUUGGAGGAAAUAUCUCGAAUUAUUUGUUGGAAAAGUCCCGAGUAGUCCGUCAACAAGAGGGUGAACGUAAUUUCCACGUGUUCUACCAGCUGGUUAAUGGAGGAGAUGAUGGCUUGUUGAGACAGUUUGGGGUGGCUAAGGAUGCCAAGCAAUAUUACUUUUUGAAUCAGGGAAAGUCUCAGAAGGUCGCGUCAAUCAAUGAUUCCAGAGAUUUCGCAGAAGUUCAGACUGCACUCCGAUCGAUUCACACUUUUGAUAAGCAAGACGUUGAGAGUAUGUGGUCUGUCAUCGCUGCUCUCAUCCAUCUCGGAAACGUCCGUUUCAUCGACGCCAACAACUCAUCUGGAGCAGUCCAUAUCUCUGAAAAAGCAGCCCUUCAAAAUGCGGCACGAUGCCUGAAUGUCACCCCGGAUGAGCUUUCCAAAAGUUUAAGUUCUCAAGUUGUGGCGGCUCAUGGAGAUAUUGUGAAAAAGCAACAUGAUGUGAAUGCUGCUUAUUAUACAAGGGAUGCGUUGGCUAAGGCUCUCUACGAACGCCUGUUCUCCUGGGUUGUCUCCAAAAUCAACGAGGCAAUCAGUGUCCAGAAUAACUCUCGAUACAGCAAAUCCCACGUCAUCGGAGUCCUCGAUAUCUAUGGUUUUGAGAUCUUUGGAACUAAUAGUUUUGAACAAUUAUGCAUCAACUACUGCAAUGAGAAAUUGCAACAAUUGUUUAUCGAAUUGGUGUUGAAGCAAGAGCAAGAGGAAUACGAGAGAGAAGGAAUUAAAUGGGUCAAAAUAGAUUACUUCAAUAAUAAGAUCAUCUGUGACCUGGUCGAAGUUCCCCGCACCGGAAUACUGUCGAUUCUCGAUGAAGCAUGUGCUAGUAUUGGAAAUGUCACGGAUAAAGUUUUCCUUGGAGAACUGGACAAAAAACUGAAAGGACACCAACAUUACACCAGCAGAAACCUCAAACAAAGUGACAAAUCGAUGGGAUUCGAGGAGUUCAGAAUCACUCAUUAUGCUGGAGACGUGACGUAUUCUGUGAUGGGAUUCAUGGAUAAGAAUAAGGAUACGUUGUUCCAGGACUUGAAGAGAUUACUGUAUCACAGCAAGAAUCGACUCAUCAAAUCUUUGUUCCCUGAUGGCUCGAAGUCUAUGGCGGAAGUCAAUAGACGUCCUCCGACUGCUGGAUUCCUUUUUAAGAAUUCAAUGAGUGAAUUGGUAAAACAGCUGGCUCAGAAAGAACCGCAUUAUAUCAGAUGUAUCAAACCGAAUGAGGAGAAGAGCUCGAAUAUCUUCGAUCUGGAGCGAGUCGAGCAUCAAGUCCGUUAUCUUGGUCUCCUUGAAAAUGUUCGUGUACGUCGUGCCGGUUUCGCCCAUCGUAUGCCAUACGAUCGUUUCGUGAACCGAUAUAAAUUGAUCUGCCAGCAAACAUGGCCGAAUCCACGCAGAGGACAACAACUUCGAGAUAGUUGUAUGCAGAUUUUGGAGUCGGCUGGAAUGGCUCAGGAUUGUGUACAAGGAAGGACGAAGAUAUUCAUUAGGAGCCCGCAGACAGUGUUCAGAAUGGAAGAGUUGAGAACAGAACAGUUGCCGAAUGUAGUCACUUUCUUGCAAAAGAUGGUCCGUGGAGUCCAAGCACGUGAACGAUACCGACGAAUGGUGGCUGUACGAAGAAUCAUUGGAGCAUACAGAAGAUAUAAAUUGAAAUCUUAUAUUUGGCAACUGAUCAACGCCUUCAGAGAUGUCCGCCGAAUGAAGGAUCUUGGAAAAUCGAUCCGUUGGCCGGCACCACCUCUAGUACUUGCACAAUUCGUAUCCCGUCUCCGUGUGAUGCAUCAAAGAUGGCGUGCCGCCACUAUUCUUGCUAGAAUCCCGCCUCAUCUACGAGCGAGUCUUACACAGAAAAUUGCCGCUUUCGAAGUGUUCAACAACAAAAAAGAGAACUGGGGAUACCCGAGAAUGUGGAGAGGAGACUACCUCUCACAGCAAGAAGAACUCGAUCUCCCAACUUCGGUGUCCACGUACCAAGACGGUAUCCAAACCCUCCGACAGAGUCACCCAUUCGGAAAAGUGUUAUUUUCCACGUAUAUUCAAAAGUACAACAAGUUUAAUAAGAGCUCGUUGAGAGUUCUCAUUGUGACUGAUCGAUUCGUGGCGAAGUUGGAGACGAAGAAGUUUAAGUUGCUCAAAGAGCCCAUUCCAUUGCAAUCGAUAUCUCGUAUUUCCGUAAGCGCCGAAUCGAAUGGCCUAUUCGUGAUUCAUGUCGGAGAUAACGAUAUUGUCGGAUGUGCGAAGAACACGAAGAACGAGGAGAGAGUGGGCGAAAUGAUUGGCACUUUGUUGGCUCAUUAUGACAAAAUCACAAUGCGCCGUCCGCCAAUCAUCAUUCAAUCGGCAGUCGUCUGUAUCCUUGGUGGAAAAACUAAAACGAUUCGAGUCUUCGACGCUGAAAACAACAAUAUACCGCCCGUUUUCAAGAAGAAUGGAAAUGAUGUGGAUCUGAUCUGCCAUCAAUUAACCGCAGUUGCUUAA